AGCGGCGGUCCCGCCCUGGUUUGCCAUGCUGCGGCCUGCGGGCUCCGUUGCCAUGGACGAGCAUGCCUGCCCCGGCCACGGCGCCUGAUCCGCGGUGGAGCGGCAGAGCACCGUCGACGGCGGGGCGAUGGCGGAUCCCUCGUUUGCCGACGCGCCGCGCCAGCUCAAAGUCUUCGUCGGGGGGCUGUCGCAGAAUUCGAGCAGAGAGUCCCUGAACGCUUACUUUCAGCAGUACGACCCGUUCGUGGACUGCUACAUCAUGAAAGACGGCAGGACUGGCCGCAGUCGGGGAUUCGCGUUCGCGAAUUUCGCGGAUGAGUCGGCGAUGGAGAUGUUGCUGCAGCUUGAGCACAACAUCGACGGUGUGCCAGUCACGCUUUCCCCGUACAACCAGGGCAAGUCCAAGGGCGGGUACAAAGGGCGACCUGUGGUGAUGAUGCAGCAGCAGCAAGUACGGCCCCCUGUGGUCCACGUGGUGGGGGCGGCCAACCCGAACCAGUCCGUGCAGAGUGUGCUCGGGGUGGUCAACAACCUCCUCUCGCAGCAGCCCGGGGGUGCUGAAGUGGCGGGCGCGCUCAACAACGCCGUGAACGCCAUUCUGCAGCAGCCAACGCAGCCGGUGCCAGUUGUGGUGCAGCAGGUGGAGCAGAGGCCACAAGGCGAGUUCAAGAUCUUCGUCGGUGGGCUGUCCCAAGAGACCACGAAGGAGUCCUUGAGUGGCUACUUCUCGCAGUUCGGCCACGCGGACGCCUACGUCAUGAAGGACGGGGCGACGGGGCGCAGCCGCGGGUUCGCCUUCGUGAACUUCCAGGAGCAGUCGGUGGUUAACACCGUGCUGCAGAUGGAGCACCAGAUCGAUGGGGUCGUCGUGCAGUGCUCGCAGUACAGGUAUGGCGGCGGCAAGGGGGGCGGCGGCUGCGGCGGCGGCGGCUUUGCCGGUGGCGGCGGCGGCGGCUUCGUGGCCACGCCGCGAGCCGGCGGCCACCGCUACGGCGGCGGCGGCGGCGGCUUCGUGGCGACGCCGCAGCAGCAGCAGCACCAGCCUGGCGGCUACGGCGCGCCACCAGCGGCCGCCUCGGGCGGAGGAUUUCAAUCCUGCAAGCUGUUCGUAGGGCAGCUUGCGACCACCGCCAACGAGACGGCCCUGCAAGGCGCCUUCUCGAGGUACAACGUGGUCCGCGCGACGGUCUGCCGGGACGCCUCGGGGCAGCCGAAGGGCUUCGGCGUCGUCGAGUUCGGCUCGCCCGCGGACGCGGAGGCCGCGAUGGCGAUGCAGCCGGUCAUCGACGGGCAGCAGACCGAGGUCACCGAGUAUUACCAGAAACAGCAGCCGAGAUCAGCCCCUUAUGGCCGGUCCAACCCGUACUGAGCGGGCGCUGCCGAAUAGGUGCGGCGUCGCCGGGGGAUGAGACAGGGAAGGAGGGGAG